AUGCCACUCAAGAAUGCUCAGGAUAGCUCUGCACUGCCCGAGGCACAGGGGCUGAGGUAUAAUGAAUCCAAAAUGGCACUCUUCCAUGCACGACUGGCAUAUGAUUCCACGAUCGAUGAACGAAAGGCAUCUCAAGAUCCCAACCUUGCGUCGAUCUCCGAAGCUCAAGCCAAGAUACUCAAGCGCUGGGAUCUGCUACAGCAGGCUGAGGAGGAGCUUGCCGCGCAGGGGAAGAGCUUAUCCCCGACCGAUAAAAGACAACUGAUGCAGUAUGCGUGGCGAUUCAAGCAUCUGGAACAGACAGCGACCAAAACAACCGGAGGAUAG